AUGACGAUCAUGAAAGUUGAAACAGUAUCAAGACAACUCAUCAAACCCUCUUCUUCUUCUUCUUCAAGACUCCAUAAACUGUGUCUCCUUGAUCAGAUAGCUCCGCAUGGCUAUAAUCCCAUUUUGCUCUUCUACCCCACCGCUCUCUCAGAAUCUGACUUCCAACAACUAGUUUAUGAUAACCUGAGGGUCUCUCUUUCCAAAACCUUGGCCUACAUGCAGCCGCUCGCCGGCAGGCUCAAGGAUGACUUCACCAUCGAGUGUAACGAUGAUGGAGUUGAUUUUGUCGUCGUUAAGGUGUUUGAGGAAAUGUCUUCCGUUCUCCGGCACCCGAAAACUGACCUGUUGCGCCAGCUGCUUCCGGUGAACCCCGAAACUGUGUCGUCGUCAACUCGUGCGCUUCUUAUGGUGCAGGUUAAUAGGUUUGCUUGCGGUGGAUUGGCGGUGGGGUUAUGCACCAGUCAUGCCGUCACUGAUGCUGUGUCGAUGACCGCUUUCCUCAAAACCUGGGCGCGCAUCAAUCGUCGCGGCGGCGAAAACGACGACGACGAUGAUGAAGUCGUCGCUAAAGGUUUCGUCGUCUUGGAUUGCACUCCGUUCUUCCCGCCGAGAGACGUCAACGGCUUUUCACUCAUCCCUCUCAACACCCCGGCGGCGGCAUCCUCAGUCUCCACCAGGAGACUCAUCUUUGCCGCCUCCAAAAUCGCCGCCCUCCGAGAAUCGGCGGAUCAAGGUUGCCGCCGUCCCUCCCGCGUCGAGGCCGUGUCAGCGCUUAUAUGGGAAGCCGUGAUCGCGGCGUUUCGAGAAACAAACCCCGCCAUGAAAACACACAUAAUGCUCAGCGCCAUAGACUUACGGAGCAAAAUGCAGCCGCCGUUACCCCAAGAAAGCAUCGGCAACAUCUUCCAUGUUACGGAGGCGAAGUGGGAAGCCACCGCCGACGCCGUGGCUAUACACUACAACUCACUCGUCGGAAAAGUGCAAGAAUCAAUGCAGAGAGCGAAGAACACCACCUUUACUCCCAUGCAUUUCGGCGACGAGUUCUUGAAAGCGGUGAAAAGUGGGAUAGAGAUGAUGAGAAACAGCGAGGAUAUUGGAUUCCUGAUGACAAGCAGUAUUUGCCGGUUUCCGGUGUACGAAAUAGAGUUUGGAUUUGGGAAACCGGAAUGGGUGGGGAAUGGAAUAAGAGCAAUGAAUGUAUGCAUAUUGUCUGAUACUAAGAAUGGGAAUGACAUAGAAGCAUUCCUGGGAUUAAGUGAGGAGCAUAUGCACAUACUUGAACACAAUCCCACCUUCCUAUCCCAUGUUUCCUUCAUCCAAUCUCUUUGAAACAAUAUAAUAAUAAUAAUUCAUGUGUUCAA